AUGGCGACCGAGGAAGAGAACGAGGAGUUCGCCUACUCUGCAGGCGAGCUAGACGACGAAGAAGAGGACGACGUGGACUGGGAGGACGUCGGUCCGUCUCAACAGCCUUCAGACCCCUUGGUAACCCAACCAGACGCAGCCAACUCCCCCUCAGUGGCCAACAAACCCGCCUCACAAAACGACAACGAACCCGAAGAUGAACCCGAUGAACCAACACAAAACUUGCAGCAAAUUGACUGGGAGCAGGUGAAUCGGUCGCUGGCAGAGCUGAAUGCAACUACACUUAGUCGUAAGAGGCGACGACCAUCCAUUCGCCUCACAAAGGACGAGAAACAGCGAGAGAAGGCGCUUCACCAGACGCAUCUACUGGUUCUGUUAGCUACGCGCAUCAAAUGGACGCAACUCAGUCGCUCACAACUGCUACAAGGACUUCUCCUGUCUAUUACGGCUACCAGCGACAUUGAUUUCCUCGCUGACAUGAAGCAGCAGCCUAUUUCGUACUCGUUGGAGCUGCUGGUUCGGUGGUUUACUACAGAAUUUCAACUGAAUGAGGAGGUGGGGGGCGAUACGAUAGAAGGCGAACUUAUGACAGAGUCAAGUCUGAUGAACGUUUUCUUCGCUCGAGUUGGACAAGACUAUGAGCUGGCCGUGCUAUUUGCUGCCUUGUGUGGAGCGCUGCAGCUGCGCUAUCGCCUCACGUGUGCACUUGACCCGUUGCUGGUGCAGAGAGGGAAGGCGUUCGAGUCGUCAUUCAAACAGAGGCCGACUAAGCGACGACGAGCUCAAACAGUGGCAGAUAGAUUGAAGAAGAAAGCGCUAUCAGAUGACGCAGAGGAGAAGCGGGAAGUCGACGAAGAAUUGGAACCAGAGAGAACAGAUAAUGUUCAUCGAGUGUUCUGGUUGUGGUGCGAAGUGCUGGAUGAGAAGAGCAAUACUUGGAUUCACGUCGAUCCAGUGCGUCGACUAGUCAAUCGACCGCAAGACGUUGAGUCGCUAAGAGGCAAAGCCGCACGAUUCUCGUACGUGGUGAGUAUCCAGGACGACGGAUUGGUUGUGGAUGUGACAUCUCGAUAUACUGCACAGUGGAGUAAGAGCCUGGAGCUUCGUCUUGCAGACUCGUGGCUGACACAAGUGAUCGAGCAAUUCAAUGAGGAUACAAUGGACCAGCGUCCUGUAGAUAAAACAUCAAGAUCUGGUAACGUGGAAAAAUCUAUUGUAGAAGAGAAGAAAAAGCUGGAGACAUUGAAACUGGCAGAAGGAAUGCCAACCAGUCUGGAAGGAUUCAGGAAGCAUCAUCUGUAUAUUCUAGAACGCUAUCUUGGCCAGUUCGAGUGUCUACACCCGCGUAAAGCGAUCGGACUAUUCAAAGGCCAGCCAGUAUUUCUCCGUGAACAUGUUCAGCCACUCGAGUCCGCCUUCAAGUGGCGUCGUCUCGGUCGAGAAGUCAAGGAGAGUGAGCGUCAAAAGCCCGCAAAGUGGCAGUCCAAAGGCAACGAUAACGACGACAGUGACGCCUCUGAAGAAGGAAAACCUAGUGGAUCACUGGCGCUCUUCGGACUGUGGCAGACGACCGAGUUCGAGCCUCUUCCGAUGAUAAAUGGCCAUAUACCCAAGAACAAAUACGGUAACAUUGAGAUCUGGAGUCCAGCCCAUAUCCCUCGAGGUGCUGUACAUCUGCGCCUUCCUCGUAUUGACAGCAUCGCCGAGUCAUUGGGUAUUGACUUUGCGCCUGCAGUUGUGGGCUUCGAGGUGCGCAAUGGCCGCCCAAUGCCAAAAAUGUCGGGGAUUGUGGUGGCACAGAGUCACGAGGAGAUGCUACUGGAUGCCCAUGCAGAGAGACAACAACAGACUAUUGAGAAGGCCAUUGCGCAUAACCAAAAAUUGGUACUUAAGCGCUGGGAGAAUCUCACCAAGAGGUUGUUGCUACGUCAGAGACUGGAAGAUGAUUACGGUGCGGUCUAA